AUGGAGCGUUCACGAAAUGGCACAAUGAUGAGUUUAAAUUCGCAAGAUUUUGAAAAUUUGGAAAGCGUCGAAGAACUGUAUUUUGGUGAGCGAGAAACUGAAGAUAAUCAAGAGCGUGCUUUCACCUUUAGCAUUUUAAAAAAUCCAGUGGAGGGUCACAAAUAGUUUGUAAAUUGCAUAUAGGGUUGUAUUACUAUUACUAAUCUUUAUAACAUUUUUAUUUUUUUUAUACAAUAUCCUUUCAUAGUCCGAUAGUUUUGCUUUUUAUAUUGUAGAUUUCAAUUCAAUUUUUUUAUUUGUAGUAUAUUAUAGAUUUUCAUUUUUUUAUAUUGUAGUUUUUAACAGGUGAAGGGCCACUAGGUGGAUACACUGUUAAUAAACCAUUAUUAUUAUUAUUAUCAUUAUUACAGGUAAUCACAUGAUUUCGAGUGCAAUUUGGGAUGAAUCAGCACAAGUAAAUUUUUCAAAGGUUAACCAAAUUGUAAUUAAUUUUGUGGUCUUUGAAAAAUUUACGACUGCUUAUUUAUCCCAAAUUGUACGAGAAUAACCGUCUGAUUACUUGUUAAUAAUAUACAUGCAAAAGUUUGACUUGCUUUUCCUCUUUUACGUGUCACCGAGCCACCCCUCCUUGUUCCCACCUACAAAUGACAACCUCGACCACGAUUGGUCUAGAUUUUGAUAGGUGAAGAUUGACGGACAAAAACCACUAGAAGCUUGAAAUUUGUUUACCGAAAAGUGAAGCCUUUUGUUGUUUUACGUUUUUAACUUUUCAAGUUAUUCCACUGCUGCCACGGAAAACCCAAACCCUACGGAAAACCCUACAACUGCGAUCAAGAUUAUAUUCCUUUGCUUUUUUUUGUAUAUUUGGGUUUUGGUUGAGGAAAGCGUCGCAACGGGGAUUUCAGCGAUGGCUGUUUUUGUCUCGUUUAACGGUGGGCAUAAUUCUUUUAAGUUUCAGUCAUACGGUACGGUGACUCAUAAGAUAAAUGUGCACAAGCUUUUAAACAGAUUUCUGACUGUAAAUGAAAAGGACAAGUUCUAAAGAAAACUUAGUCGUCGGCCGUACGGUCCUACUCGGGACCAUAGUUACGUAGAUACUCUCGUUUGCAGGGACGAUUGUAAACAGUCAAGAGCCAUAAUGGUCCUAUUAUGGCUCUUGAAACAGUCUACUCACUACCAUAUAAAAAUUUAAUAUUUCAGAAUUAGACAUAAUUUUUAUUAACUUCGCUUAUUUUUUUAACUUCUUAUCUAAAACAUAAAUUUCUGCUUUAAUUUCACUUUUUUAUAGAUUCCCAGUCAACAGCAUAUUCGGACAGCGCUAAGAAGCAAAAAGGAGAUCUAUCAACAGGUGAUUGAAAGGGUAUCAAUACAAACUAGGAAUAACAUAUUGUUUAUUUUGCAAAUAGAUAAGUUAAAACAUUUGGUUAUUGUUCUACUCUUUUUGACCCCACGUCUUAGCUUUCAGAUUAAUAUAUAGAUUUAGCCAGGGCUAAAAGCGAAGCUCCCAUUAAUAAAUUUAUAAUUUAAAUCAAACAAUAAACUUGUAAUCCACAAAUCAGUUAACUUAAGGGCACAUACGUGACUUUUUAGGGAAAGCUAAGGCUAAGUGAUUUUAGAGUGAAAAAAAAUCUUACAUCGAAUUGAUAGCCGUAUAAUAUACACCCAAAAAGUAGCAAUCAUCUUCGAUCACAUUUAAGAGCCAUAAUGGAUCUUGAUCACAGUAGAUUAGGCCUCGAAAACGAAUUCUUGGAAAACAAAUCAGGCCUAAUUUGUUGCAUUUUACAAGUUUACUUAACAAAAUCUUGCCAACAACCCUGGGAGCGUGUAAACGAACAUUUCAUACUUUUUAUACAUCACAUCUGAGGUGAAACAGUAAUAUGAAGGGCUGUUUUUAUCAUACAGACCUCAGACAAAAUGCAGUAUUUCACAAUUUUUCAAGACAAAUUGCACUCAUUCAAUAUUCAGAACCGUACGACUCACGCUGGGCUUUUAACAAAACCGUUCAAAAAAUUUCCAAAAUCACCUACACGGCCAGCCGGUUCUCACUUUUGACAAGCGCCAAAUUUUCAUUGAACAUUAAAAGAGUUACGCUUCAACAUAAUAAAGAAUUUAUUGUGUUUAUUUUUUUUUAUUUAAUGGUUUUAUAACGAUGUGUAAUCUUAAAAAGCGUUAGAUACGCGAGGCAUUUUGAGUACUCCUGCAAGCGACGUUUAUGAACGACUGAAAAUAAACGGCAAAGCGAUUAAAAUUGCAAGAAACUACUAACAAUCAAUAAAAGAAAUGUAAUUCGGUAAAACAUUUACAGAGACAACAAUUUUCAUUCACGAAGACAAGUAUUAAAGCACCUCUAAAAAUCCUGAGUCUUUAAGCUUAAGCUUAAAGCUUUUAGCCGGCUUCUUGGUGUUCACCGUUUUCAAAGAUGAACUCGAGGCAAGAAAAUCGCUCAAAGCUUUCUUUCUACAGCCAAAAUUAUAACUAAAUACUCUUCGGAAAGUUUUUUUUUCCGUUUAUGGAGAGAAAAUAUCGACUAAAGGCUUUUUAAAGCUCUGUAAGCUUAUAUCAAACCUCAUACUAGAUCAGAUCAUCGUCUCAGAUCUUAAUAGACCUUGUCACGGUUUUCGACGCCAUCUUGACGAGUAGGCAAACGCGUGAGAAAUUACAGUGUUUGUAUGAGAAUCUAAUGUCGAAUAAUUUCCAUAAAACGGCUGUUCUGAAAAAAAUAUCAAUUGUAAACUAAAGCUACAAAGCAAAGGAUUGUCCUAAAAAAUUUUGGGGGCGUACCUGUGCUUAAAUUUCUCCAGAGGCUUGCUUUAGAUUUUCCAUAUAUUUGUCUGUAAUUUUCCCGGGACUUUCUUACAGACAGAUGUAUAGGAAAUUUUAAAAAGUGGUUCUAGGUCUUCUAGUGCAUGUAACGCCCUCAAUUUUUUUCAGGAGAAUCCUCAGGAGUGAAGCUUUAUUUUACAAAUCAUAUUUUUUUCAGAACAGCCGUUAUACGGAAAUUAUUCGACAUUAGAUUCUCAUACAAACACUGUAAUUUCCCACGCGUUUGCCUACUCGUCAAGAUGGCGUCGAAAACCGUGACAAGGUCUAUACAAACGUGCAUAAACUAGCCUCAUAAACUGCGCUCGACUUCAUGAAAUUAGAUGUAAAAAACCAAACACAUACACUGUAUGCAAUAAUUACUCAGGCUUACCAUUCGAGAUGCAGCUCCUGAAAGCUAUCCAGUAAGGCCAGAAUCGCUUGAGGGACUUUUCGACCACCCGCAUCCGGCAAGGUGAAAAACGAAAACGAUGUUAUCCGAAAUCGGAUUUCCAGCUUUGACAAGCGGCGCAUUUCUCAACCAAAAAUUCAAUAAACAAACCAGCCAUGAAUAACAGAAAACUGUUGAUAGCAGCUGUAUUUCAUUUUAUGCGUCCGGUGGAAAAAGACAGUAAAAAACAUCACAAGUUGACCAAAACCUCUGUCAGCUUCAGCUGUCAAAGUAAACAAAAUUCAAGAUGCUGCAUAAAUUUUCCGCAUGAACUCACCUGUCAAAUUUUGACCAAUCAGAGCAUAAAAAUUGGACGGUCGUAGAGCGUGAUCAAUGCGUGACUAUGGUGAGAAAAGUGAAAAGCCUUUGUCUUCCCUGCUUGUAUUUUUAAAUGACUAGCUGAAUUUUCGCGUCCGAGAUCAGUUUGAAAUCAAAAUGUUAAUGGCGCGGGGCCAUAGUGACAUUAACACAACACUUUCUGUCAUCAUGUCAUUAUUUUGGUGCCGUUCUCUUUGCCUUUGUAUUUCUCUUUCGCGUUGCCUUUGUCUAUUCAUUCUAGCUCUGUCCCGUUCUGCUUGCCGGCGUUUUUCACUAUAAUUUUCUCUCCUUCUUCUCGCCCUGACUCUUUAUACUUGCCAACUUUCUUCGCUAAAAUUUUGUCUUCUUCUUCUACUUCUAACGCGCUCUCUUUGGCGAUCGUCUUCGCUUGCUCUACGCGUGUUGACUCUUGCUCUCUGCCGUUCACCUUCUCUUUGCUCUCUGCUUAAAACCUGUCGUCUACACGCUAUAAUCUCUCUGUUGUUGUUUGUUGACAUAAUAGAUUUCGUAAGUUGUAAUAAAAAGUUAUAACGGCUCUGUCGAAAAAUGUUUUUGCCAUAAAUUUCCUUUGAAAUUUCUUUUUUCAAAACCAGUUGCGCGAUAUAAUUGCGCGGCGUUGCGCCAUGCGAUUUCCCGCCAAAAAAUCUCUACUUUCCCCUACCCCAAGAAUCCAUACGGACUACUUUCCACUACCCGGAAAGUCCGUACGGACGGACGUACGCUGACGUCAUAACCAAAAUUUCUCGGAUGGAUAGUUUACCAAAUUAUCUUAGUUAUGGUGGUCCGCUCGCGCGCGCUUCGCGCGCGCAAGGAGCUCCGCUAUUAGCCUGUUCCAGGCGUUUAGAUAGUGGAGAGCAAGUUAAAUCGUACGCGGCGAGCCCAAAAAGAAACACGAGGGGAGACUGGGGCGGGACCGAGAAAACCGUCCCUUUUCCCGCCCUAUUUUUCCCUCGUCAAUGGAACAGGCUAUCAGAUUAUGUAGGAAGCUUGCACUUCAACUCAGCCUGCGCCAGUUUCCGUCGUUUAAAGGGGAAGGAUAAGAGGCAGUUCUCCUGCUUCUUCAUUAAAAAUGAACUAAAUAAAUUACCAGUCUUUUCAAAUAGACCAAUAGCCGGUUUUGCCUGUGCGCCUCCACAUCUCCCAAAGCGAUGCAUGCUGGGGUCCCAGUGGCGGAUCUAGGGGAGGGGUCCGGGGGGGCCGCCCUCCCCCCUUAUUUGUAGACCAAACUAAAGCCCGGCCCGAAGGCCGGGAUACUUGCAUCGCCCGCGCUCAUACGGGCAACCCUACAAAAUCCCGCCUAAGAUCUUGCUCUUGCUUACAUGUUGUACUUUAACUAAUAUGUAGCCACUUAGUGUGUAAAGUUAACGUUGAAUAUAAUAUAAAGUUAAAAAUAAGUCGUUUAAAACAUACCAUGUACGCGCCUUACCUUAGUGAUGAUAAAUUAUUAAAAGCACAAAUGAGCAGGAAAACAGCACCACUGUUUUUCCACCAGUUGACUCAGCUUUCCUGUUUCACACUUGUCAUAGCAGGUGGCACCGCUGACCAAUAGCUACCACAGGCCUACUAACAAAUUCAGACAGGUUCAAGUUGUCCCUCUCGAUCACCGCUCGUUGAUCCUCGUUGCGUCAAGGACCUCUCCAGCGUCAUCAGUUAAAUCCGGUUACCUUCUUUGGUCAAAAAUAAAUCCAAAGCAUUCUCGUAGACAGAUAAACCCAAAAUACUUGUUUCCAGCGUUUGAGUUGUUAGAUUGGAGAGAUGCUUGCAGAGUGGAAAAGCAUUGUAGACUGAGAAAUUCUUUUAGCUCAAGUUACUUUUUUAAUUGUUCAUGUAUUUAUGUAUAAAAGUAUUUACUUAAAAGUAGGUUGAGUUUGAUCGUCCAGGUGAACGUAGUCCUGAAUAGGACUGUAGUUGUUGACAGUGACUGACGUUUCGACGACCUCUGCGGUACUCAUCUUCAGAGUCAAAGUGAGUUGUAUCACGUCAGUUGAUGGUAUUAUACUCUGGUUAUUGAUCUGAUUGGUCAUUUACGUCGCGAUGUCAACUGACGUGAUACAACUCACUUUGACUCUGAAGAUGACCACCGCAAAGGUUGUCGAAACGCCAUUCACUGUCAACAACAACAGUCCUAUUCAGGACUACGUUCACCCGGACGAUCAAACUCAACCUACUUUUGAAAUGACUCCUGGGCUCAAACCUUUCACACUAUUUACUUAUUUAUUAAUAUAUUUAUUUUAGUAUUUUGUUUUUUUGGUCUUCGGAUAUUUAUCUCUAGGUUUGUCAUGCUUUGUUGUAAUACAUGUGACCUUUAGUUUAGCUAAAGUAAGCCGGCGGGAGAAGAGUUGUCUCCGUAGUAUGGGCUAUUAACAGUAAGGGUGGAGAGGAAAGUCAGAAAUUUGGUUUGAUCAACUAAAUAUUUCUGUGAUUAACAGUACUAGUUAAGUUGCUGAGUUUCAUUUCUUUUUUUUUUAUUAUUUUUACUGAUACCUAAAGAAGAGCCAGCUUCAAAAGUAAGUAACACGACAUCGAGCAGCAAUCCCAGUAAUGCUGAUCAUGCAGAAGACGCGACUUCGGGGAUUUCAAAUGACGGUAUAAUCUUGUUGUUAUGUAUGAAUUUAAGCUCUUUCGAUAAUAAGUCUAUAAAAUAUUUCUAACAUUAGAAAAUAGGUUUUGAAAAUCAAAUGACUUCCAGAUUCCAGACGUGACCAACGUUCAAAACAAUUUUUUUUACUGCUUGGGUACUAAGGUUAUUAAAUUCAAUUAACAAUUUUCUUUUUUGUGCAGAAACGAAGUGUCGAAAAACUGACAGUAACCCUCCAGAGGUAGAUGUUGCUGUGCUUACAAAUAAAGAUCUUCCUAAAACAUCAAAGCGUUUGGAUCUUGAGCAACUGCCAAUCGAUAUUCUGUUGUUGACAGUAGAGGACUGUGAGUUUUUAGCCUGUCUUUCCCUCCUGACGGGUUUCUCGAGGAUGUUUCAAAAAGAUCUUGGCGACGUGUACAUCGGAAAUAUAGGGGAGAUGAAAAUCGCUGUAAUGAAGUGCAGAAUGGGUGCGGCUGGUCCUGGAGGUGCAGCAGGUGUUGUUAGAGAUGCAGUCAAGGCCUUAACGCCCAAGGCGGUGUUUUGUGUUGGUUACUGUGGGGGCUUACAACCAGUCGAAGUCAAGCUAGGAGAUGUGGUUAUUUCCGAGGCACUAAUCACAUACGCUCCUUCAAAAGUCACCAAAGAUGGUAUUGAAGAACGUGGCUACCGAGUUCCGCUUAAGCCCAAUCUUGCCAAAGUAAUACUCAAUGCUGCUGCUGGAUGGAGCCCACCGUUGCGGGAUCCAGCAGAAUUAGAGGUGGCACAGGUACGAGGUGCGUUACUGAGUGGACCACAAGUGGUUGAUGACAGUGAUUUGCGUGAAGCACUUCUCAGCCGAUUCCCUGGGGCAAUUGCUGUCGAGAUGGAGGCCGAAGGUAAAGUAAAAUAACAUUUUAUUACAAAAAUUCAUCAAUCUUCAUUUAAGUGACGUAGAAAUGGGCGUAACGGUUAUCCAAAAAGUUCCGAUCCAUUGAUAAUAAUGCAUUCCCCGUAUACACCAACGCUCAAAGGUGCUUUAACGUUGUUUAGUUUCCUAAAGUUUAAAUCCUGUUUUAAUUGGUUUAAAAUGUGUACUAUUAAGACUAACUAGAAAAUAAUCGUAGCAGCUUUUGAUUACUUUCUAACUAUCGCUUGACGUUCGGAAUUAUUUAUCACAAGCUGUAUUAAAAUAGACAACAUUUUAACGUGUUAAAACUUUGGUGUGAACGAGACACAAGGUUUGAGGCGUUUUUAAACCAAUGGAGAAUUUAAAUAAACUGGCUUCAAUUCUGUUCUAAACCAUACGCUUUAAAAAAUAUAUAUUUGGGAGCUUGAGCAACUACGAAGGCGCUGAGGGCAAUUGGAACGUCGAAAAAGGAAAACAUUAGCUGAUUCAAACAAAAACCCAUCAUACUUUAGAUCUUUGGUCAAAUUCCAGAUCCUUCUCUUGGAAAUGUGUUAUCUACCACAUGUUAUCUUCACUUUCAGGUGUUUACUCAGCAGCACAUGACCUGAACGUUGAGUGGAUAAUUAUAAAAGGCGUGUCGGACUUCGCAGAUGGCAAAAACUCAGAGAAAAAUGCAUGGCGACCCUUUGCGAGUAUAAUGGCUGCAUCAGUUGUUGCUCAUAUCCUCAGUAAUCCCAUCAUUUUUGAAGACUGGCCUCACUACAAUAAUGGAAAGACGAGUCUACCUCCCUCCUCAGGUGACUACCAAACUGACGUGUUUAAUUUUUCAAAUGAUAAUUAUAAAACUAACAACCAACAGUGUUCCAAGAUACAACAGACCAAGACGCGACUGAUUCUACACCUGAGUGUGGCUUUUUUUUUUUAA